AUGGGUAAUCGACCGCGGCCCCGAGCCACCAACAAACAGUUGCCAUUCUGGUGGCAAACCGAAACCCCGCCAUCCCGAGCGGUUGAUAUUGGAAAGCUCUCGCUAGGGGUUUGCUGCACCCCGCCAACGGCCAUGUUUCCGACUUUCACCGGAAGCUCGCGCAAAGGGCGAAAUGUCAAUCUCAGCGGUCAAAAAGCGAUAAACCCUUUCACUAGCACAUCAUGGGCUCCCAGCGCGGCCGUCGGGGCGUCCAAGACAGUGGCACAUGCUCAAGCCGAGCGGCUACAGCGGCAACAAGAGCGGGACCGCCUGAAGGCUGCGCAACGCAUCCAGAAGACAUGGAGAGGGCAUAGGUCGCGGCGGAACCUACGGAUAGCACGCCGGCAGGCCAUUGACCUCUUGUACCGUGGGCAAGGACAAGUGGACGUUGAACAGAGAACAACACAGGCGACACCCCUGGUCCUCAGCACAUAUCAAGCGUCCGACCGAGACGACCAGCAGCGGCUGUGCUUGCUCGCUCGCGAUCUCCUACACACCAGAUUUGCUUGUUUCGCACCAGGAGUCUUAGAGUUGCCUCGGUUGGGGCGAUUGAUCCGAAUAGCGGCUUUCGCCCUUGACAGGGUACUGGGGAGAUACUGCCGCGAUCUCGGCCCGACCUCUCAAAUGCUGGACCUCGUCCGAAGGGCUGUGGUGACACCGCUAUCUGCUACGGCUACACCUGACAGAGACGAGAUCUCGGGAGUCCUCGAGAAGUUCACCUCGGACCACGGGGGUAGCUCCACGUCCGAGCUUGAGGACGCCGGCUUCCUCGCCGGAUACAUCCUCACCCUCAUUUUCUGCUUUCCGACUCUUGGUGACGAAAUUCGGAUGCGGCUGUAUCUAGCAGACAUCCCCACCCGUCAAGGCCCCCUCCCUGCCGUCAAGUUCUUCUGGAAUGCGUUCAGUAGGACGUCAAUAUUCUCCAAAAUCGGGUCAGAUCCUGAUGCUGCGCUCGAAAUUCUACUCCAGAAGCCUUCGUCCCAGACCGAUUCUUGGUGGCACCGCGAGUGGCGCACAGUCCUCUUGUUUCUCGAGCUUUAUAUCUUUGUCCUUCGCCUAACCGACGAUGACGACUUUUUCAGCGGCCUCAGUGUACCAUUCCACUCGGGAGGCUCGAGUCCACGAUUGCGUUUGAGCAGCCUCGGUCUUCAGGAGCUGAAACGCAUGACGCUUUUUCUCAAGCACCUCGGGUUUACGCUUUACUACAGUGCUGCCGACUUGCUCAAUUCGAACCCUAGUGACGCAAACAUGGUCGAUAGUUCGUCGGCCUUUUUGACUCGGCCUCGGAGUGUGGCCGGAAGCGACAAGACAGUGGAAGCUUUGCCUUUUGUGCUCACCGCCGGCGUCGAUUUUGGCGCAUUCAGAAAUCUCGUUUCCACGGCAAUGAAGAUGCUCUACGAGCGGGAUUCCAGACGUCAAUUUCUGCCACCGCAGCAUUGGCUAAUGACAUCAAAGUUCGACAUGGAAAGCUUCCUUUCUGCUGUCGUGCUCGAGGAACAGAGCCAGCGUGAGCAAGCCGAAGCCGAGGACGAAGAGGAUAACGAUGACGCGGAUGCAGCAGAGCCACCGGUGCCCUUCUCAUCCAGUGGUUUGAGGAUAUCUCGACAGGCCCGAAUGGAAUGGAUCAGGGCAGCGCGAAAACAAGCUGCACGGGAUAUUCUCAGGGCUGCUGCUGGCCCCAGGCUGGAAAUUUUGCGCAACAUGCCGUUUGUCAUUCCCUUUAACAUGCGGGUUCAGAUAUUUCGACAGUUUGUCCAUCUCGACAAGCACCGGAGAAGGGGGGGCAACAUCGAUCCGGACAUGUGGAGGUUAUGGGUGCUCAACCAGCAUGGUGGUCCGGCUCAGCCGACCCCCGCCGGCAGGAACAUCAUCGGUCGACACCAAGCGCAGAUCCAAAGAGGUCGGAUGUUCGAUGACGCCUUGGAAUCCUUCUGGGGUCUUCAGGACGGAUUAAAAGAACCGAUCCAAAUCACGUUUGUUGACGAGUUCGGCAUGCCAGAGGCCGGGAUCGACGGAGGUGGCGUGACCAAAGAAUUUCUCACGAGCGUGACGACGGAAGCGUUUACGCCGAACGAGGGCCUGUUCAUCGCGAACAGCAAGAACUCAUACUACCCGAACCCCUGUAGCAUAGACCAGUCAAAGAACGCGCUUCAAGAGGCACAAAUUCCCGAAAAUUCUGAGGAAUGGGCUGAGACUAUCACGUCCCGUCUCCGGCAGUACGAGUUUCUCGGCAGAGUCAUCGGGAAGUGCUUGUACGAGGGAAUUCUCAUCGACGUAUCCUUUGCUGGAUUUUUCCUCCUCAAGUGGGCCACAUCAGCCGGCGCGUCCGACACGUACCGCGCCAACAUCAACGACCUCCGCGAACUCGACGAAGAAUUGUACCAGGGCAUGCUGCGCCUGAAGAACUACCCCGGCAACGUCGGCGACCUCUCUCUCGACUUCACAAUCACCGACCAGAUCUCUCUCCCAGGCGAGCCAUUCCGCACCACGACCCGCGACCUUGUCCCCAACGGCGAGAACGUGGUCGUGACCAACGAAAACCGACUUCUCUACAUUAGCUACGUCGCGCGCCACCGACUCAUUAUCCAGCCUUACGCACAGACUCGGGCUUUCCUCCGCGGGCUUGGUAUGAUUAUUGAUCCGAGCUGGCUGAGUAUGUUCAACCAAAAUGAGCUACAACGCCUGGUGGGCGGCGACAGCUCCGAGAUCGACGUCGAGGACCUACGGAAGCACACGGCCUAUAGUGGGGUCUAUGAAAUCGGUGACGACGGCCAGGAGCACCCAACUGUGAAGCUGUUCUGGGAGGUGAUGUACCAGCUAGAGGACCGCGAGAGGAGGGAUGUGUUGAAGUACGUCACAAGCACGCCGCGCGCCCCUCUCCUGGGGUUUAGCCAGCUCAGCCCGCCGUUCAGCAUCAGGGAUGGUGGCAGGGACCAGGAACGGCUGCCGAGCGCGAGUACGUGCGUAAACCUGUUGAAGCUGCCGCGGUAUGAUGACGCGGAGACGCUGAAGAGGAAGCUGCUGUAUGCUGUUACAAGUGGCGCCGGGUUCGAUCUUAGCUGA